GCUGUUCACACGGAAGUACAGUGCAUUGGAAAAUGUUAGAUAUAAAUUACUGGCGUUUGUGAGUGCUUUUUGCGGAUACCCUCGGAUUAUAAAAAAACUAUACCUAACUGUUGAACAACGUGAAGAUGAGUGAGACACAAAAAGAGCAGGGCCCUGUAGCUUUGAGAGAAGAGGGGAAUAGUCUCUUCAAAGCCGGAGAUCUGCAGGGUGCUGUGUGUUGUUACACCAAAGCACUAAAACUUAGUGACGACCGUCAAGAAAGUGCGGUUCUUUAUCGCAAUCGCUCUGCAUGCUACUUGAAACUGGAGGAGUACAGCAAGGCAGAGGGUGAUGCUUCCAAAUCUCUUGAUAGUGACCCAAGUGAUGUGAAGGCCAGGUUCAGGAGGGCCCAGGCUUUCCAGAAACUUGGACGUCUUGACCAAGCUGUUCUGGAUGCUCGGAGGUGUGCGCAGCUAGAACCCAAAAACAAAGCAUUCCAGGAUCUGCUCAGACAGCUGGCAGCACAGAUCCAUCAGAAGUCAGAAGAACUGAACUCCACAGAUGCUCGUGUGCAACAAAUGUUCUCAAUUCUCUUAGACACAUCUGGAAAAGAUUCUGACCGACAAAAGGCUGCCCAGAAUCUAGUUGUGUUAUCUCGGGAAGAUGCAGGAGCUGAGCAGAUCUUCCGUAAUGAUGGCGUGAAGCUGAUUCACAGACUUCUUCAGUCAAAGCAAGAGGAUGUUGUUCUUUCUGCUCUGAGGACUCUGGUUGGCUUGUGUACAGAGCAUCAGUCCAGGACUAUGGCUAUAGUAAAUGAGCUGGGAAUGGAGCAACUGUGUGCAGUAAUGGGAUCAGGAGCUUCAUCUGUUUCUCUGGCCACAUGCCACCUGCUGCAGGUGAUGUUUGAGGCUCUCACUGAAGGCAUGAAGAAGGAGAUCAGGGGAAAGGAAGAAGCCAUACUUCCUGAACCAUCCAAGGAGCUUCGCUCUAUGUUGCGUCACCUAUUGGAGAUGAUGCCAGCAUCAAAUGUGUCAGGACCUGGCAGAGACAGUGCCAUCAACCUUCUAGUCAAACAAGUACCCCGCAAAUCCUUCAAGAAUCCAGACAACUCUCUCACAUUGUGGGUGAUAGACCAGGGGCUAAAGAAAAUCUUGGAGGUGGCUGCAACAGUGCCUGAGUUCUCAGACGGGCCUCCACUAACUGACAAUUCCCACAUGAGCUGCUCUGUCUUGCUAAACAAGCUCUAUGACGAUCUCAAGAGUGACAAAGAGAGGGAGAACUUCAGCAAGCUAUGUGAAGAUUAUGUUCAGCAACACUUUAGCCGAUUGGGCCUCGAUGCCAAGCUGCGAGCCAUCCAGACCGUAUCUGUGCUUCUCCAAGGACCGAGUGAUGUUGGCAAUCGAACACUGGAGAUGUCAGGAAUGAUGGAUGCAGUGAUUUCCCUGUGCGCCUCCGACGAUGUAACGCACCAGCAGGUAGCAGUGGAGACUCUUAUUCAUGCAGCAGGCAAAGCUAAGAGAGCCUCCUUCAUCACAGCCAACGGCGUGGCACUUCUCAAGGACCUCUACAAGAAGAGUGAGAAUGAUAGGAUACGCGUGAGAGCUCUGGUGGGUUUGUGCAAGCUUGGAUCGGCAGGAGGGACCGAUUUCAGCAUGAAGCAGUUUGCCGAAGGAUCGACUCUAAAGCUGUCCAAACAGUGCAGGAAGUGGCUUUGUAAUGAGUCUCUGCCCGCGACAUCCCGCCGGUGGUCCGUGGAAGGUCUCGCCUACCUCACUUUUGACGCAGAUGUGAAAGAGGACUUAGUAGAAGACAAGAAUGCUCUCCAGGCCAUGUUUGAACUUGCAAAGUCUGAGGACAAAACAGUGCUCUUUGCUGUUGGCUCCACCCUGGUGAACUGUACCAACAGCUAUGAGGUGGAGAAGCCUGACCCUCAGAUGGUUGAGCUGGCCAAGUAUGCAAAGCAGCAUGUGCCGGAGGAGCACCCUAAGGAUGCACCUUCGUAUGUGGAGAAGAGGCUGAUAAAGUUGCUGGAGGCUGGAGUGGUUUCUGCAUUAGUGUGUAUGGUCAAACAUGAGAGUCCUGCUCUCACAGAUGCUUGUCGAGAGUGUAUUGCCAGGGUGUUUUUGGCUUUAGUGGAGCGACAGGAGGACAGAGGCACAGUAGUGGCACAGGGUGGAGGAAAGGCUCUCAUUCCUCUGGCAUCUGAUAACACUGAUGUUGGAAAAGUUAAAGCAGCACAAGCUCUGUCCAAAAUUACUAUCACCUCCAAUCCAGAGAUCGCCUUCCCAGGAGAAAGGAUUUAUGAGGUGGUGCGCCCCCUUGUCAGUCUUUUAAAUCUUCAUUGCACCCUGCUGCAGAACUUUGAGGCACUGAUGGCUUUGACCAACCUGGCUGGAAUCAGUGAAAGACUCAGACAGAAGAUCAUAAAGGAGAAAGCUGUACCAAAAAUUGAAGGCUACAUGUUUGAGGAUCACGACCUGGUCAGAGCGUCUGCCACUGAGUGCAUGUGUAACCUUAUUCUGAGCACAGAGGUGCAGAAGCUGUACCUCGCCACUGGCAAUGAUCGUCUCAAACUGCUUGUGCUUUACUGCGGCGAAGAAGACGAAAGGCUGAGAAAAGCCGCUGCAGGAACACUGGCCAUGCUGACUGCUGAGCAGCCUAGUGUUUGUUCCCGCAUCCCUGAAAUGACGACACACUGGUUGGAGAUCCUGCAGGCACUCCUACUCAGUGAAAUAUCUGACUUGCAACAUCGUGCAGUUGUCAUUGUUCAUAACAUGAUGCAGGCGGAGAAGGGUCUCGCUGACACACUCAUUGAGAGUGAAGUCCUGGAAAUUCUUUCAGUCUUGGCAAAGCGGGGAGAGGGCACACCACAGCCGGUCUCAAAGAUCGCUCAGAACUGCUUGAAUAAGGCGAUGGAGUACGGCAUCAUUAUGAGUAGAGACGGAAAGGAAUAGCGAGGAGGAAUGAAAUCAUGAAACACAUCCAGUGUGUGAAUGUGUGCUAUCAUGGCAGUAUACCUGAACACUGAAGACAUUUCAACUUUUUUUUGUCUGGAUUUCAUCUUGAAAUUGAAAGGACCAAAAGCUGCGGAAAUUUUAAAAAUGAAUAAAGACAGUGAUUAGAUGAUAAACAAAACUGAAAAUUGUUAAAUGAAUGUAUUUAUCCCAAUAAUGUAUGACUGUGUGUAAUGUAUAUAAAUGCACAAGUAAACAUAUUCCAUAUUUUCUACUUUGAAAUACUGUACUGUGCUCUGCUUUUACUGGACACAUGCUUUAGUUGAUUUAUUUAGUUUGGUCCCAAAUAUUUUAUAUAAAUGCUGUACUAGGUGAUUACUCUUUGAUUGCUUUGCUACAUUCCCACUUUCUGUGUUUUUGGUACACAAUGAAAAAUAAAGUGCGGUGAAGCAAACGUGAUGAAACCAC